UCCAUAUCUCCCUGUAGCUUGAGCCUUUAGGGCGUCUUACGCUAUGUGGAGCAAUCUUCAUUUUGAUCUCCUCACCAACAUUUUCUCUUAUCUUUCCCCCUAUACCUUAGCCAUGGCUAAAUCCGUCUGCAAGAGUUGGCACACAUGUGCUAACAAUUCAGCUUCAUGGGCAACACUGCCACAGUGGAAACAUCCGCCGUGGUUCAUAGCGCUGCCCACGCGCAACCACGGGCAUUUUAUUUGUGCUCACAACCCAAUUGAUGAUUACUGGCAUCUAUUACCUCUUGACUUCAUUCCCAACCCAAUUCGCCCAAUUGCUGCAGUUAAUGGCCUAAUACUACUGAGAGAAACCACAACUACUACUCUUCAAUUAGCCAUAUGCAACCCUUUCACUCGACAAUUCAGGCACCUCCCAAAGCUAAAUGUCACAAGGAUUAAUCCAGCUGUUGGGGUAAUAGAACUGAAUUCAGCCAACUUCAAGGUCUAUGUUGCCGGAGGAAUGUCAGGGGCAAGCAGCACCGGAGGAGGUGCUUCGUACGAACCCAGCUUAGAAGUGUACGACUCUGUUCACAAAAGCUGGAAACCAAUCGGAUCAAUGCCAAUGGAAUUUGCAAUUAGGCUAACAGUUUGGACCCCAAACGAGAGCGUUUACUGCAACGGCGUCCUGUAUUGGAUCACCUCAGCCCGGGCUUAUACCGUAAUGGGAUUCGAGAUUGGGAACAAAAAUUGGAGAGAAUUAAGGGUGCCGAUGGCUGACAGGCUUAAUUUUGCUGGAUUGGUAUCGAGAAAUGGGAAAUUAAGUCUUGUUGGUGGAACUAGCGAUGCAGGGGCAUGUAUAUGGGAGCUUGAUGAAUCAAAUAAUUGGAGAAUGAUUGAGAAGGUGCCACAAGAGUUGUGGGCAAGAUUGUUUGGAGGUAAAGGGAGAUGGGGUAAUAUUAAUACAAGAUGUGUGUGUAUUCCUGGGGCAAUGUGCUUGUACAGAGAUCUUGGAUCAGGCAUGGUGGAAUGGAGAGAAUGUGCAGAAAAUGGUUCUAAAUGGGAAUGGCAUUGGAUUGAAGGGUGUGGUACAAUAAAAGGGAUGAAAUUGCAGAAUUUCCCCAUUAAAGGACUGUUGUUACAUCCUUGUCUUGCAUCUUCCAGUUUCUUGCUGAAUGAAUGAGCUCCAAAUUCUUCUCUCGUCCAAGUUCCAAAAACAUACCCCCUUCCUCCUAAUUCAUGUGGCUAUCUUCAAAUUUCGUGAGUUAAAUAAUUUAAUUUUGAUGCUGAAUUUGGACAUAAAUAUUUCAAGUUAUUCGAAAUAAAAGUUAUAUACUUGAGAACCAUGAAAAAACAUUAUA